AUGCGGUUUAAGUGGUCACCUGAUCGACAAUUAUUAGCAUCGGGUAGAAAUGAUAACCGUUUAUUAGUAUGGAAUCAAUCAUGUUCAACAUCAAUUCAAACGUAUACGGAUCAUACAGCAGCUGUUAAAGCAAUUGCAUGGUCACCACAUCAACAAGGACUACUAGUAUCGGGUGGUGGAACAGCCGAUCGUCACAUUCGUUUCUGGAAUACACUUACAGCUCAAAAUUUGCAGUGUAUUGAUACCGGUUCUCAAGUAUGCAAUCUAGCAUGGUCAAAACACUCGAAUGAACUUGUAUCAACACAUGGCUAUUCUCAAAAUCAAAUUAUUCCGACAUUAUAUCCGACAAUGUUACAAUUAGCUCGUUUAACAGGUCAUACAUUUCGUAUAUUAUAUUUGGCAGUAAGUCCCGAUGGUGAAUCGAUUGUCACUGGUGCUGGCGAUGAAACAUUGAGAUUUUGGAAUGUAUCUACAAAAUGUCGUGCAAAUAAAGAAUCAGACAGUAUAACGAAGGUGUUUCUUAAAAUUGUGAAACUACCAGAAGAAUAUCUGUUGGCUCCGCUGUCUAUGGCGGCAUGA